UUACAUCAGGGUUCCCAUCAGAGUCUCCCUUACAUCAGGGUCCCUAUCAGAGUCCCUCUUUACAUCAGGGUUCCCACCAGAGUCCCUCCUUACAUCAGGGUCCCUAUCAGAGUCCCUCCUUACAUCAGGGUUCCCAUCAGAGUCCCUCCUUACAUCAGGGUCCCUAUCAGAGUCCCUCCUUACAUCAGGGUCCCUAUCAGAGUCCCUCCUUACAUCAGGGUUCUCACCAGAGUCCCUCCUUACAUCAGGGUCCCUAUCAGAGUCCCUCCUUACAUCAGGGUUCCCAUCAGAGUCCCCCUUACAUCAGAGUCACCAUCAGAGUUCCUCCUUACAUCAGGUUCCCAUCAGAGUCCCUCCUUACAUCAUGGUCCCUAUCAGAGUCCCUCCUUACAUCAAGUCUCCCAUCAGAGUUUCCCUUACAUCAGGGUCCCCAUCAGAGUCCCUCCUUACAUCAGGGUCCCUAUCAGAGUCCUUCCUUACAUCAAGUCUCCCAUCAGAGUCUCCCUUACAUCAGGG